GUGUAGGCUGGAGGCCAGCGUACAGGUACUACAACAUGUGGCUGUCUCUGUUUGGAGCGGUGCUCUGCUGUGGUGUGAUGUUUGUCAUCAACUGGUGGGCUGCUCUCCUCACCUACGCAAUCGAGAUCUCCCUCUAUGUCUACGUCACCGUCAAGAAGCCAAAGGUGAACUGGGGCUCGUCCACUCAGGCCGUGACGUUUGUCAGCGCGGUCAACAACGCUCUGUCACUGACCGGAGUAGAGGACCAUGUUAAGAACUUCAGACCUCAGUGUAUGGUGCUGACCGGAGCACCUAAGAACAGACCGGCCCUCCUGGACCUGGCUCACUGUUUCACUAAGAACUACGGACUCUGUCUCACAUGUGAAGUCUUUGUGGGCCCCAGAACAGAGACAUUGACAGAUGUGAACGCUGGAAUGGAGAAGAACCAGAUGUGGCUGAAUAAGAAUGUGGAGGUGUACCCGCAGGAGGUUCUCAGUUCCCUGUGA